AAAGUCAUAUCAGGACUUAAAUUACUUCUAACAAGGCGGGCUUAUUCAUGGGUUCUCAGAGGUCUUGGGGCAUUCUUGGUGAUCUCUAUGAUGACGCGACAUCUUGCGGAUCGAGGUCUUGAUCACGUUUUCGGGGUCACGUUACGUGAAAUUUUCUGCGUUACGAUUUUUCGCGUUUUCCUCUAA